AACUAUUUUCAUCCCAUCAGCUCUCCUUCUCAUUAAGAAAAAUACCAAGUGGUCACCACAGUCACAUACUUCAUAACCCAUGCCUCAUCGGUGCUGGGACGGGAGAGGGAAGCGCCGAUCUAAAUGACAUGGGGUCCAAAUCCCAAAUAAUCUCUAUUUGCUCUGCGUUACCUUUAAACUUAGGCUGCGUUGUGUGAUUCAAGUGACAGCCUAGUACUGCUUAACAAUUAGUCUAGUGGGAUAUCAGGCCCUGAGAGACCCCUACGAUCCCAGGACACUGAUGUGGGGUAACUAACACCCACUGGAAGUCUACGCUGAGUUCACAGGCUAUGUAUGACCUGACAUGCAUUUUGGCCUGCCCUGUGUUUUGAUAUUUGAAUGAGUUGCUGAUGUUUACAAGCCGAAGCUGGCCGGGCGUGGUGGCUCGCGCCUGUAAUCCCAGCACUUUGGGAGGUCGAGGCAGGAGGAUCGCUUCAGGUCAGGAGUUCCAGACCAGUCUGGCCAACAUGGCGAAACCUCGUCUCUACUAAAAAAAAAAAAAAAAAAAAAAAAUACAAAAAUUAGCCGGGCGUGGUGGCACGCCCCUGUAAUCCCAGGACUCGGGAGGCUGAGGUAGGAGAAUCGCUUGAACCUGGGAGUCGGAGGUUGCAGUGAGCCGAGAUCACGCCACUGCACUCCAGCCUGGGCAACAGAGACUCUGUCUCAAAAAAAAAAAAAAAAAAAAAAAAAAGGUGGAAGCUAAUGUGUCAAUAUCUAGAUUUUUUUGAUGAUUUUGAGAAAUCGGAGGAUCUGGCAGCAUGUCCUGCCUAGCCUUUUUGAACUGUUUGAAAACAGUCUCCAGCUUGCCACAGCCCCUCUGUUAUUUUACAGCCAGCCUGCAUCACUCAUUUAUGAUGUCCAGCCCCUUGUGGGGAUUUGGAUUUUUGACCCCUAAAUACUUUAGUGGAUUUAAGACCAUUUAAAACAUUUAUGCAGAAGAGAUCCGAGGUCCCCAAACAACUGGGUGUUUAAGUUGUGUUUAAGUUGUUCCUCAUUCUCAUUUAUUCUAAUCCGGGUGUUUUUCUAUAUAUAUAUAUUUUUAAACAAAUCUUAGUGAUCAAUUGCACAGGUGUUUUUCUGUUGGAGCAAAUCUUUUCGGUUUAGGCUUGGUAAAAUCGAACCAUCAGAUACUUUUACAGAAAGAGAUUUAGGAGUUGAUGUUUUUUUAUUACAAUUAAAUGCAUACAGUACUUUUAAAGGAAAAAACCUGAAUCUUGAUUGCAUUGUUUUAUGAUACAACAAUCUUUAAUGAAAUAGAGUAGUCAAUAUAAUUUGUAUUAAUAUAUCUCUGCCCACAGACAAUUAUAAAUUCAUUAACCCCCAGAACUCUUGGCUAGACUUCAUAAAGGCAAAAACUGUGUUUGCCCUGUUAACUGCUUUAUCCCACCACUAGAAUAUAAGCUUCCUGAAGACAGAAGACUUUUGUUAUUUUGUUCACAGUUACCAAGCAUGCCUACUUUGUUAAAUUUAUGAAAGAACUUUAAAGAGUCAGAGGUUCCGGUUGAGAUCAAGUUGGGAGACACACCCUUGUUCAUUCUCCUUGAGAAGCAGCCAUUAUCAACAGAACAUUGACAGAACCUGUGUUUGGGGAAAGGACUGAUGGCUUUGAGUCUAGGUUGGAAAGCACACAGGAACCACUGUGGUCUCCUCUUGCAGGCUCUACGAAGCAGUGGUCUUCUCUUGUUUCCCUGUGGCCAGUGUCCCUGGAGAGGAGCUGGAAGCUUUUUGGACCCUGAGAUAAAGGCUUUCCUGGAGGAGAACACUGAAGUCACCAGCAGUGGUAGCCUCACCCCUGAAAUCCAGUUGCGGCUUUUGACCCCCAGAUGCAAAUUCUGGUGGGAGAGAGCUGACCUGUGGCCCCACAGUGAUCCUUACUGGGCAAUCUACUGGCCAGGAGGCCAAGCCCUGUCUAGGUAUCUUUUGGAUAAUCCUGAUGUUGUCAGAGGAAAAUCUGUAUUAGAUCUUGGGAGUGGAUGUGGAGCUACAGCUAUUGCUGCUAAGAUGAGUGGGGCAUCAAGGAUCUUGGCCAAUGACAUAGACCCUAUUGCAGGAAUGGCUAUUACACUAAAUUGUGAAUUGAACAGACUGAAUCCUUUUCCUAUUUUAAUCCAAAACAUUUUGAAUUUGGAACAAGAUAAGUGGGACCUUGUUGUUCUUGGCGAUAUGUUUUAUGAUGAAGACCUUGCAGAUAGUCUUCAUCAGUGGCUGAAGAAGUGCUUCUGGACCUAUAGAACUCGAGUACUGAUUGGUGACCCUGGGCGGCCCCAGUUCAGUGGACACAGCAUUCAGCAUCACCUGCACAAAGUGGUAGAAUAUUCACUUUUGGAGCCUACUAGGCAGGAAAACAGUGGACUGACAACAAGCACAGUGUGGGAUUUUCAGCCUUGAGUUGUCAAAGUGCUUCCAAGUAUGAAUAUAGUAAUGUUUGGAUCUGACUCUAAAAGUUUUCUCUAUAGGAGAUACUCUCCAGUUUAAUGAAUGUAAUUCUUGUUAAAUGGAAAAUCUUGUUUUUAAAAUAUGAAGGUUUAGAGUUUUGUUUACUUUUGUCAUGUAACUGGUUCUGUAUUUCUAUGCAUGCCAAUUAUACACAUUUCUAUCUGCAUUUUUUUUUUCUAUUUUAACUGCUGAAGGAAUAUGAUUAUACAAUGCCAUACUCAAUGGUGGCAGCAUUUAAUUUAAGUAAUAGAGAAGAAUUAAACAUUGUAGCCGGAUCUGUUUCUGUAGUUGAGGACAACUGUGAUGUAACUUUGAAUUAAACAAACAAAACAAAACAUAGAAGAAGACUAUAUAUAUAUUUUUUCUUUUUUUAGAGACAGUCUCACUUUGCUCCCAGGCUGGAAUGCAGUGGCUAUUCAGAGGCUUAAUCAUUGGGCACUGCAGCCUUGAACUCUGGGCUUUUUUUUUUUGAGAUGGAGUCUCAGCUCUGUCGUCCAGGCUGGAGUGCAGUGGCUCAUAUCUCAGCUCACUGUAGCCUCCACCUCCCCUGUUUAAGCGAUUGUCCUGUCUCAGCCUCCAGAGUAGCUGGGAUUUUAGGCAUGCACCACCAUGCCUGGCUAAUUUUUGUAUUUUUAGUAGAGACGGGGUUUUGCCAUGUUGGCCAGGCCUGUCUCAAACUCCUGACCUCAGGUGAUCCACCCGCCUUGGCCUCCCAAAGUGCUAGGAUUACAGGUAUGAGCCACCACGCCAGCCUGACGAUGUUUUUUACUUCUAUCACUUCCUUUUGAUUUUUUCUUAUAGCUUCUAUCUCUGCUUACGUCACCCAUCAUUCUUGCGUGUUGUAUGCUUUUCGCAUUAGAGCCCUUUGCAUGUUAAUCAGUUAUUUUAAAUUUAUGAUCUGGUAAUUCUAAAAUGUCUGCCAUAACUGAGUCUGAUUCCGAUGCUUGUUUUCUUUUCAGACUGUUUUUUUGUCUUAGCAUGCCUUGUAAUUUUUUGUUGAUAGCUAGACAUGAUGUAUUGGAUAAAUAAACAAGUAAACUAA